AUGAAAAGUGUUUCGAUCAGGGUGCAGAUUUUGUCGGACCAGUUCAGCACGCGACAUUGUUCAAAGGCAUCCCGGCGCCUGUUUCGGCCUUGUUUUCGGAUUGCAAUCUUGUCUUGGGCAAUCGGCAACGUGUGGGAGAGAGACACAGUUGAGAAAGAGAUGGGACGGCCAGAACGUUGUUGCUCGGUCACUUCUGAUCUGCAGUGUAGGUGCAAGUCCACAGUUGUUGCAGUUGAGGGAGCAGCCACCGCAAAUAGCAAGGCUCUCUACUUGCGACCUGCCAGGGACAGACACGAUCUCAUCGGCAAGGCGUACUUGUAA